GUCCGCGCGCGUCAAACGGUCCCGCGUCGUCGUGCCGUCCGCUUCUGCGAGCUCACGCUUAAUUUUUUUAAACAUUUUUUUUUAUUAGUAAUUUUAUUUUCACGCACACCCUACGGUACACAGUUAUUGCACACAGCACACACUCUGAGUCUUAUUUGGACACACCGCGACAAUACUGCAGUAAUCGGUGACCGUUCUUUUUUUGACAACCGACCGCUGCAGUCGCGUAUAAUAUCGUAGGUACGACGUAGAAGUAUCCACUUAUACCUAUAUACACGCAAUAGGUGUAUAUUCAAAAUCAAAAAGCCAACCGAUAUACACGUCGAAAUAAUGUUGAUGAUGAACGAUCUGGGAUCGAUGGCCGCCGGUAUGAUGCCGUUUGACCCGAUGUGCGGCGGCCUCUACGAGCAGCAGCCGCCUAAGCCUCGCUUCAUAUUCAAAAUGCCGCGUGUCGUACCCGACCAGAAGAACAAAUUUGAAACUGACGAACUCUUCAGGCGCUUGAGUCGCGAGAGCGAUGUUCGAUACACCGGUUACAGAGACAGACCACACGAAGAACGUCAAAGUCGAUUUCAAAUCGGAUGCCGUGAAGGUCAUGUAGAUAUUGCAUUCACUGCGACUGGAACCAAUUUGCAAUUAAUGUUUACUCCGAGUAUGCCAAUUCCUCCAUACCAUCAAUCUACCAAUGGUACUUGUAAUUUUGAAAAAGAACGAGGAAUGGUUCACAUACUGUCGCAUUUCAUAAUGAAUGGAGUGUGCGUCCGGUGGAAAGGGCGCAUCGACUUGGACAAAUUGGACGGCAUCGGUUGUUUAGAGUUCGACGAGGAACGAGCAAUGAUCGAGAACAGAAUGUUGCAGGAGCAAAUCGAGAGAUACAACGACCGUAUCAGAGAAUAUCAAGACAAACCUCGUGCCUACAGAAACCAAGAGCGUGGUGUUACCGAUUCGGAUUUAGACGUGAAAAGAAGAUUGAACUAUUAAGUCAUUAGAUACAUAUAUGACACAUAUGACUUGUACGCGCUUAUACACAAUAUAUAACUACAUAAUAUCGUAGUGUGUUUUUAUCUAUAUAUGUAGUGUGUGUGAGAAAGUACUCAUGUUUUUAUUAUUUUUUUAUAAUUAGUUUUUAUUUUUGUUACUUCUUUAUAGAAUUAUUAUAUUAUUAUUAUUAUUAUUAAUAUUAUUAUUUUUUUUUUUAUAUAAUAUAUACUCACGUAUAAUGCAUUUAUUAUAUUAUACUAUUAUGAAUUGCGUUUGCACGUCAAACAAUCAAUACCUAGUUUAAAAUAUUGUCAUACCAUUAUUUAUAUAAAUAUAUUUUAUACUAUACUUAAAUUUAAAUAAGUUUUUUGAGGAAUGUGCAAAAAUCGAUAUUUUAAGGUACUGAACAAACUGUCAAAUUGUAUUCGAUUGUAAAACCGUUCGUCUACUUUUGAAAAUCGUCUAUAACUUUAUUGCUAGGUUGCAUAAAUAAUAUAGUGAUAAACUGAAAUCACUAAGCAUUCAAUUAAUUAAUUAUGAGCUAAUGUUCCUUAAACAUGAUUUAGUGACCGGAAAUUGGUCCAUGGUCCAUUACAUUUUAGAGAACUGUUAAGUUUAUCAAUUUUUAUGCAACUUGGCAUAUACCUAUGUAUAUUUAUUAUAUUAUAUUAUUAUAUAUACUUUUGAUAUAUAGGUAGUAGCUGUGCUUUUUUUUAACAUAGAAAAUUUAGUGACGCAUUUUCAGCGAUUUUAUAUCGAUUCUUUCUAAAGCGAAACUAUUAUUUGUCCUUGCUAUACCUUACGUUUGCUUUAAUAGUUUGAAAUUACUUAAAACGAAAAAGAGAUUUAAAGAUUUAAAGUAGGUAGAGAAGAUAAUAAAAAAUCGUAGCGAAAAAAAAACUUGUGCAUCGAAAUAAUGACUUUUUUCGCACUUUUUACCACAAAAGAAAAAUCAUUGUAAAAUCAAUACAUUCAUCUGGGGAAAAUGUUAGACAAUGGUUAUAAUAUAUAUAACAUAUAUAUUACCUACCUACAAUAAUUUUAAUUACAAAUAAAUAAAUAGACAAUUUCUUAAUUUAAUAAAUUUGUUUAGUAUUGCUUAAACUAUUACAAAUAGUUUACAAUAAGAAAAAAUAUCGUAGUGAUAUAGUAUGCAAUUUUAACAUAAUAUAUUUAAUUAUUAUUAUUUCAAAAAUAUGAAAUUAUUAAAAUCACUUUAUUAUAUGUCUACCAGGUAGUAAUUGUAUAUUACCAGGUAGUAAUAUUAAUUAACUUCUUUUUAACAGAAUUAAAUUUAUAUUUCUUCUUCGCAUAUUAAAUUUUAAUCUUUAAACCCUAGUUAAUAUUUGUUUGUGACUUAUCCAUCUUUGAAAAAUUAUAUCUAUUUCUAGGAGUAUGGGCUAACCGUUCUUACGCCACUGCAUUAUAAUCUAAACUGUAAAACAUAAUAUAUAAUUAAUAUAAUAUAUUGUACGAUUAUUUAACUUGUAAACUGAUAUACAAAUUUAAACGCUAUAAAUAAUUGUGUUCUGAUAAUAUUUUAUAAUAUAUUAUACGUACUCAUAACAUAUAUAUA